AUGUCUGCUCCCACACCAGUGCUCGCGCAAGUUCCAAGCAGUGGUGCAGCAGACCCGUCAGACUUGCAGGAGUAUGCGGAGAGCAUCAGCAGGACCCUUGCCCCAAGCAUUGACAGGGUGGGGGAGGAGGAUGUGUGUGGCCAGCCACAGGAGGCAGCGAUGUGGGACCUGCUGAGGAUAUUUUACCUGGGCCCAUUCACAGAUGGAAGCUUUGUGGAGGCCUUGGCGGCAUGGGUGCAGCGCCAUGCAAGGGUGCUGACAACUGCAUCCGCGCCCAGCGGCGAGGCUGCAGGCCCCUCUCUGCCUGAGCAGAUAGAAGCGCUGCACAGCUCUGAGUCUGCGCCAGAGCAGCAGCCCCAGUACUGGCCGCUCCUGCAGCGCCUGGUUGCCCUGGGAAUGACUGAGGACGCCGUCGGGCUGCUAGGGCUGCACUCUGCCUGGCAGCUCGCAUAUGCAGGCGGCAGGAACCAACAGAUGCUGUCACUGAUAUCAAUCCUGGAGCCGGCAAUCCUGCUGCUGCGACGCAUGCCUCGCCUGCACCCGCCUGCCCCAGUCGACGCGUCUGUGCAGGCCUUUGACGAUCUCCCAGUCUUCCUGGAGCACAGGCGCGCCGCAGCUCCCUCCCUCCUCUAUCCUGCAACUUUCUAUGCUUACAUUUCAAGGACAAGUCUGCCUGUCUCCAUUUUGUCGUCUGAUCUGACAGUGAGGCAGCUGCUGCAGGACGCCACACUGUGGAGCAAGGCUGUGGCGGCCAACAAGCAGACAGCCGAGGGGGUGCGCGAGCUACUUGACAUCCUGCUGGGCGCUGACGCCAGCUUAGUCAGCGGCAGCGCCACCUGGCUGGAGCACCUGCUGGCCAUGUGCCUGCAUGUGUACCCUGGCAUGCGCCCCAACGCUGACCUGGAACCCCUGCUGCUCAAGAGCCUCGCUUCCAAGGACGGCGGCGGCGUGGAGCUGCUCAUCGUCUUGGAGGACUUCUUUCAGGCUGCGGCGAAGCAGGAGCUGCAGGGUGUGCUGGAGGUGUGCAGCCACUCCUUCAGCGCCUGGUUCAUGGCCCAUGUCCCCGACCUGCUCGCGCGACACCCCACCGCCCCCGCCACCCUCGGCCGCUUCCUCCCCCACUUUGGCGCAGACCAGACGGAGUUCUACAUGCUGGAGUAUGCGUCUGCGCUGAUGACGGCGCCUCAGACGUGGGAGCUGGCGGUCGAGUACCUGGCGUGGUGCCCGGUGCACGGAGAGGCUGUGCUGCAGCGAUUCCUGGAGCAGCUGCCGCUCGUGCAGGAGUCGGAUGAUUUGGCGCUCAAGGCCCUGCAGGCGAGCACCCGACCAAAUUGCCUCUCCCAGCCACAAACGGGCAAAUCUGCCCCAAGCACCGAAUCAGUGUGUCGGCGAUACGGCAUGAGGGCGCAGGAGAGGGGCAUCUGCCUGACAGUGGGCAUGCAGCGGCUGCAGCAGGGCCGACUGGCAACGGCGCUGCAGUGGCUGGGCAGAGCCGGCGACGAGGGCGCUCUGGCCGCCGCUGCACGGCCCCUUGUGCAGUCGAUAGCCGAGCAUGCCGCAGCUCCAAGCUCUCACUCAGGGGACCUGGAGAGGACAUUGGGGGAUCUGGAGGCGAUGUCAAAUGCUGCUGCAAGCGGGUCUGGCAGCGAGAGCGGGCAGGGCACAUUUGGGCUCAUUCGCUCGUACAUUGCCUUUGUGAGAGGCCUGGGACAGGGCUCCAAUACGCAUGUAGAGGCUCUUGAGGACAUCAGAGCGGCCAGCGCUGCACUGCUGCAGCUUCUGAAACACCCCAGCUUGCCAGCUGCAACACAUGCAAACCUGCUGUUCAACUCCAUUGAAUUGCUGGAAGCGCCAAUAUCACCGCCCCUCUUCUCAGUGGCAGACACACAGCAGCUGAUUGGCCAUUUGCUGGAAGCAGCAUCAGCUUUGAGGAAAGGCCAUGGCAGUGUGGCGGAUGUGGACACCUCUGGACAGGAGCAGCAGCACUUCUUGGAAGCCAAGAUAGAUGCUCUCUGGGGAAGCAGUGAUCCGUAUGCUGUGGUGACUAUCGGGGAGAGCGCGCGGCGCAGCAGAGUGAUUGACAGGACCCUGGAUCCUGUGUGGGACGAGCGCUUUCAACUCUAUGUCCGGGACCCGGAGAAGCAGAGGCUGACCAUCAAGGUGUUUGACAAGGACACCUUCACAGCGGACGAUACCCUGGGCUUCACACUCCUGCCCAUGUCCAGGCUGACAGACGGCUCCACGCAUGACCUGGAUCUGCAGCUUGAUGGGGAUGGUGGGGGCGGCCGCAUCCAGCUCAGCGUCACAUUCUCUCCAUUCUCUGAUGAGGUGGCGGAUGCUGCUGAGGCUGACAUGGGGGAGCCAGCCAAGGGGUCAAUCGUGGAGGGGCUCACAUCUGGCGCAUGGAGGGCCCUGGCAGAGAUCAGCGGCAAGACAGCGGAGGAACUCUAUGAUCCGCUCUGCUACAUUGAGAACGCCGUCACCGACACACAGGUGUGGGUGUUCAGGAAUGUGUCGAUGAAGUGUCUCUGCAUCGCCUUCCGCGGCACAGAGCAGGUCAAGUGGAAGGACCUGAUUACGGACCUCAGCUUCCAGCCAGCUGCGUUCAACCCGGAGAGGGUACUUGAGAGCGGCAGCUCCCACUCCCUGCUUGCAUCCUCUGACGAGGGCGGCAAGGAGGAAGACUGGGCCAAGCUGGCCCAGAGGACGUUCCAGGUCUUCAUGGGCGCUCAGGAGGAGCUGUCACCAUGUGAAGAGGAGGAGAUACAGAAGGCUGCCAAUGCAGAGCCCUGGGUCCAUGAAGGCUUCUUGCGAGCAUAUGACUCGGUGCGGACGAGGGUGCUGGGUGUGGUGGACGAGGUGCUGACAGACUCUGAGGACUCCUGGCAGAUAUACGUGACCGGCCACUCUCUGGGCGGCGCUCUCACCACACUGUGCAGCUUUGAGCUGGCCAACAGAAGAUACAGGCAUGGAGGGCAGCCGAAGGUCACGAUGUACAACUAUGGGUCGCCGAGGGUGGGCAAUGCAGCGUUCGCAUGCGCAUACGACGAGUGCGUGCCGGACAGCUGGCGGGUGACUAAUCGGCUUGAUGUCAUCCCCCGCGUGCCACGCCUGAUGGGCUACUGCCACGUGGGCAACUCUGUCAGCGUCACUCCCGACGGCCAGUUCCAAGUCAAUGACAAGAAGGUGGACGUAUUCAAGGAGGGCCACAAUGCAGAGGAUGUUCUGCCCAAGCUGGCACAGCGGGCGAUCCGCGCUGCACAGGAGCGCAGCGAGGACGACACUGCAGAAAUCGCAGCGCUCAUUCAGCACGAGAUCAACUUCAUGCAGACCCUGGUCACUGGGAGCGCGCUGUCAGAGCACAUGGAAGACUUUUAUCUGGACACUCUCAGAGCACUGGCCACCACUGAAGCAUCUGUUGCAGGGAUUGUGGCCGAGGUCACAAAGUCAGCCGAAGAAUUGACCUGA